UUUUAAGUAUGUCUAGAAACACAAUUAAAAAGACACUCAAAAAAAUUAAAAAGCCAAAACCUAUCAAUAAAAAUAACAAAUAAAAAAUUGAUGAUGAUGAAUCAAUUGAUUCAGAAUACUUAGAUGAAUUAGAAAAUCAAAAACCAUAAAAUAUAUCAGAUAAAAGUGAUAGUGAAAUUGAUGAAACAGAAGACAAUAGAAGAUUAAGAUUGGCUAAAUAAAUACUAUAAUAAACUAAAUAAGAUUUAUAAUCCAAAAAAGAUGACUUUUUUUAAGAUCAUCAUGAUAUUCAUAUGAAUGAUGAAGACAAAAGAUUAAAUGUAGCCCUACUUGAAAAAGUAUUUUAUACCAUAUAAAUCUUAGUUUGCUGAAAAACAUACUAUCUAUUAAUCAUAAAUCCAAAAAUUUGAUCGUUAAUUUAAUAGAGAAAUCUAUAAAGGUCAUCUUAGAGCCAUAACUUGUACUUAAGUUGAUGAAUUUGCAUAACAUAUGUAUUCUUGUUCCAAAGAUUCAAGUAUUAUCAAAUGUAAUUAUAAUAUAUAAAUUUAAAGGGGAUUUAGAAACUAAAAAGAAAGAAUUCAUAUAAAGAGAAGUAGGUAAACAUGGUGAUGGUCAUUAUGAUGAAGUCCUUACUAUUUCAUUGAAUUAUGAUGGCAAAAUAUUGGCUAGUGCUGGUAAAGAUCAUUCUAUCAAAUUAUGGGAUACUACAUCCAAUAAAUUGAUUGAAACACUCAAACAUCAUAAAGCUCCCAUUUAUGGUGUAAAAUUUGGAUAUAAUUCUAAUAAUUUAUGUAGUAUCUCUUGUGAUAGAACUUUCAUAUAAUGGGAUGCAGCAUAAAGAGCUUAUAUUGACACAUUGUAAUAUUUACAAGUAAUUUAUAAGUUUUGGACAUAGUACAGAAGCAAAUGACAUCGAUUGCUUUAAUGCUGAUGAUUUCUUGAGUUGUGGAUAUGAUAGAUAAAUGAUUCAAUGGAAAACUAAGUCAGGAGGAUAACUUCUAUAUAAUGGACAUGAAUAAUCUAUUGAUUGUAUUAGGGCAAUAACUCUUGAGACUUUUGCUACUGGUUCUAUUGAUACUAAUAUCAAUUUAUGGAAUGUUAAAAAACGAAAGCCAUUAUUUGAAUUACAUUAACCUCAUGGUGAUAGAUGGAUAACAGCAUUAGUAAUUAUUGUAUCCAUAAUUAAAUAGGGAACUGCUUAUAAUAGUGAUCUUUUAGUUUCAGGAUCAUAUGAUGAUAAUUUAAAUAUCUAUAAAGUUACAAACAAAGAUAUUACAAAGGUUAGAUCAUUAUAAAGUGUAAGAUAUUUUAAAUAAAAUUUAGUAUGGAAUAGUCAAUCAUAUUAAUGUAUUUGAUAAUAAAAUCCUUACUGUUGAGAGUCAGGAACAUCGUCUAGGAAGAUGGAUUACUUCAACCAAAAGCAAAAAUUUAAUAGUGUUGUAUUUAUGA